AUGUUAUCGCGCAGAGAUAAACUACUGAUCCAACCGUGGGAGGAUCGCAGAUUCAAAGAUCAUCGUUCAAAAGUAAGAUCUGCGUUACCAGCUAUAGACGAUAGAGCUCCGGCAGCCAGGCCACACGUGGCACUCAAAUUAAAGAAGAAUCAACGAGAACUUGACAGAAAGAAUAAGAUACAGAGUGAGAACUUUAGCCUCCUACAGCGAUUGAACGAUAUUAUGAAAGUUAAUAGACUCGAUAACCAUUGGACGAAACCACUACCCAAUUUUCAGCAAAAGGUGGGUUUAUUCUACGAUGCCGAGUCGCUGCAGAGUAAAGUAACGGCGCGCUCUCUGCCCGAACCUUCAGAGGAGAGUUAUACUAACGUCAAGUGUUACGCGUGCGAGAUGAGGAAAGUAUGUCUGUCUAGGUUUAUGUAUUGGUGUACAAUAAGGAGCAUUUUCAUCAUUGUAUAUUGUUAUUUAUUUACAGAAACAGUAUGA